UUCAGCAUUGAGAUCUACAAGCACAACAAGGAAGAAAGAAUUGCACGGACUUGGGGAACAACUGCACCUGGACUGCCGUAUGUAGAGGAGGCGAUCACAAAUGCUGGUGAUUGGUUGAUUGGUGGAGACUUGGAGGUCAUUGAACCAAUCAAGUAUAAUGAUGGUCUCGAUCAGUAUCGCCUGUCCCCAGCACAGCUACGUGAAGAAUUUGCCAGGCGCAAUGCUGAUGCAGUAUUUGCUUUUCAACUCCGUAACCCUGUGCACAAUGGGCAUGCUUUGCUCAUGACUGAUACACGCAGGCGCCUUCUUGAUAUGGGCUACAAAAACCCUGUUCUUCUUCUCCAUCCAUUGGGAGGCUUCACAAAAGCUGACGAUGUGCCUCUUAGUGUGAGAAUGAAGCAGCAUGAGAAGGUUCUUGAGGAAGGUGUACUAAACCCAGAAUCAACUGUGGUUGCAAUCUUCCCAUCUCCAAUGCAUUAUGCUGGGCCAACUGAGGUGCAAUGGCAUGCCAAGGCUCGUAUCAAUGCUGGUGCAAACUUCUAUAUUGUUGGAAGAGAUCCUGCUGGUAUGGGUCAUCCAAUGGAAAAGAGGGACCUUUAUGAUGCUGAUCAUGGGAAAAAAGUAUUGAGUAUGGCUCCUGGGCUUGAGAGGCUGAAUAUCCUUCCUUUCAAGGUGGCUGCAUAUGACAGAAAGUACAACAAAAUGAAUUUCUUCGACCCAUCAAGGAAAGAAGACUUCCUGUUCAUCUCUGGCACAAAGAUGCGCGGUCUUGCCAAGAACCGUGAGAGUCCACCAGAUGGUUUUAUGUGCCCAGGUGGCUGGAAAGUCCUCGUCGAGUACUACGACAGCUUGACCCCACCAGAAGGCAGCCCCAAACUGCGAGAGGCAGUUGCGGCGUAGAAGCUGAAAUAUGCUUCAGAUAAUGAAUAUGUGUGUUCCUGGUAUUAUGGACGGUUCUUUGCGACUAAGAACCGAUGAUAUAUGGUGGUAUACAUAUAUUGGUGGUAGGACUUGACAUUUGGGCAUGAUUCCCAACAGUCCCUUGUGGUUUGUACUGCAUACUAUCUGCUAGCAGUGUUGCCCCCUGGAGCCCAUCAUGUUCUUGUGGUGCCAAUAAGGAUGGGUUUUGUAUCCUCUUGCCAGAUUUGUACAUAACUACAUAUAAAGUAUGGUGGUAUUUUAUCUA